UUAAAAAAAUAAAAAUAUUCUCAGGAUUCUGGUUUCUUUGGUUGUUCAAAACCUGUUUAAAUGUACCAUUAACACAACAAUCCUUUAAGAAUCUAUAAGCCAAAUGGUAGUGGGACUAUUUGAUUAAUAAAUAAUUCUGUGUUUAAUUUUACGAAAAAAAUCUUAAGACUGAAACAGAUAAAUCAGCAUAUGACAUAAACAUUUAAUUUCAGGAAACAGUGCAAAUUAGAAUACAGGAGAGUUUAUUGUAUAUGAGUUACAGAGAUUUAAAUUUGAACAAAAUUUAAGGUACAUUUAAAAUCUCAUUCAAUUCCAAAACAUUUUUUUCAUAGAUAAACCUCAUUACUAGAAAAUAUGCAGUGAAUUUUUUUAACCAUUAUACUCCAGUUGCAAUGGAUGUUGGCAUCAUGGUUUUAUAAAUAACAAUAUUCUUAGAGUAAAAACUGACUCAGCAAUUCAGCCCCUCUGAAAUUUAUCUUAAAUAUUCUAAAAGAAAAAAUCCACAUACUUGAAAUUUCUGUUGUAGUAUUAUCUAGAGAGAGCAAUUGGCAAGAAUCAGAAUGUCCUGAAAGAUUCAAAAUUUGCCUUAGAAAUCAUGGAUCUUGACUCAAUAUAACAUUAAAAUUAUUAGAAUUGGUAAUUGGUGAGACUAUAAGGAAACAGGAAAACUGGUUGGUAGGCACUUUGGGGGGUUAAGUAUAAAGAAGGAUACUUUAUUUUGUACCUUGUAAAUCCAAAUACAAGGAAAAAUAGUUUGCUCUUCAUGUUUUACUUUGGCCAGAAGUAAGCUCUUUACAGCUAGCAACUGUCUUAGUCAUCAUCAUUUCUCUAGUGCUCAGUAAAUGUUUGCUAAAUUGAACCUAAUCUCUGCACAUCUAAUGUGUACAAAUGAAAGGGGUAGGGAAUUUAAAUGACUUUUAACUUAAAAAUUCCCUAAUGUCACUUUUCAUAUGUAGGACACAGAGAUAUAUAAGAUAUAUCUCAAAUUUUCAGAGAUAAUUUGGGGGAAAAAGUACAAUCCAUGAUACGCUAUCAUAAAAAUACAUUUAAAGGAAAUAUAUUAUUUAUAUAUUGUACUAUAUAGUGGAGUCCAGGUGCAAAAUAGUAUUUUCUGGAUAUGAUACUAUGAUAUUUUUGGAUAUUAGCAUUCUAAUCCUGGAAAAUAGAUAAUCACAGUUAAAAAAUAUAUUCACUGUGUAUCAGGUAAUAUUAGACAACAAAACACACAUUACUGGUAAAUGAAAUUUCAUACCAUACAUGCAGUUCUAUUAAAAACAAAUACUAGUAAUGCACUGCAGAAAUAAGGUUAUUUUUUUUUUUUUGAUGUCUGAUCUUAUUUAUUUGUUACUCUUAGAAAAAUCUCCUUUCUGUCUGAACUCAGAAGCUCUCAGAGAGCUUGGCAAUCUGUUCCUGGCGUUUUUCUUUGGCCUCCUUCAGUCUGUUGGCCACAGGUUUAGUAUAUUCUCCAGCCUCUUCCUUACUUUUCUUAGUGCACUGCUUCUUCCAAGCAGUAUGCCGACGUUUGUUUUGGAGGACACAUGGAGUAACAAGACGCUGAAUCUUGGGUGCUUUGGUUUUAGGUUUUUUACCUUCAAUUGAUGCAAAGUUACUUUCGGAAAUUUCCAUCUCUCCCUCCUCCACCUUCUCUAUUUUUCUUUAUGUUUUCUAUUUUUUGAGUGUGAAAACUUGCAUCUUCUAUUCUGGCACAUACUAUAAUUGUAGAGAUGUGAUUUAAAAAAUAUCAGCUACCUCCAGUCUAUCUCCAGAUUGUGCGUGGGGAUGUUCUCCUGCCUGUGGACAUAGGAGCAUCUUUGUCCCAGACCUUCAGCCAUCAGAGCCCUUUUAUUCUGGAGGAGUUGUAAAGAACAUAGACUUUGUUCAAAAAAGAAUAUGGACAUUUAUCUUCACCCUGGAAGCGCUGCGAUUUGCGCUCAGGCAUAGCUACUCCAGUCAGGAAGGACGGGCAACAGCUGGGUCGGUGCUGAGUGGCCUGCAGCAUUUGCUUGUAGUCGAGAUGAAUUUGCCCCUCAAUCCCAAAUCUUUCCUGAAUGGAUUAACAGGAAAGCCAGUGAUGGUGAAACUCAAGUGGGGAAUGGAGUACAAAAGCUAUCUGGUAUCUGCAGAUGGCUAUAUGAACAUGCAGCUUGCAAACACAGAAGAAUAUACAGAUGGAGCAUUGUCUGGUCAUUUGGGUGAAGUUUUAAUAAGGUGUAAUGUUCUUUAAUUCAGGGGUGUUGAAGAGGAAGAAGAUGGGGAAAUGAGAGAAUAGCAUCUUAUGUGGUGAAUUUAUAUGUAUGUCCAGACAAUAAACAUGUUUAAAAAAAAAAAGAAUAUGGACUUUGAAGUCACCUAGGCAUUAUUGAAACUGUUUCUGAAGUAAAUCAGCCAAAUAUCCUUAGAAAGCCUCUCAAUCUAUCGAACUCACUUAUUUUAAAAACUGGGUUAAUAAUAUGACCUUAUAUGGUUUUGUGAGUAGCUAAAAGGAUAAUUCUCAUGAACAACCCAGCACUGCACCCAGGCAUAUUAUAGACAACCAUGAUGGUUUCCUUCAUAUCUUCUAUGAAAAAUACCUCACUGUAUGAAGCACCUAUGCCUUCUAAAGCAGCCCAUGCCCUGCUUAUUAAUUUGCUUGGGCUGCCAUAAAAAAGCAGUGCAGACUGGGUAGCUUACAUGACAGAAUUUUUUUUUUUCAAGUUAGUUAACAUACAGUGUAGUUUUUGCUUCAGGAGUAGAACCCAGUGA